AUGGAGAACGUAGUAUACUGGGAAAAGCAAGAUCCGCAAUCAAAGCUAUGUGCCUUGCAUUGUCUGAACUCCUUUCUCCAGGGUCCAAAGGUCACGAAUGACGAAUUAUUAAACAUUUCAACGAUGCUAGGCAGAACUGAAAGUGCACUGCUGAAAACUUGGGGUAACCGUUCCAGCAAUGUGGGAGCUUCAGGCUACCGUUAUGAUUCAGAUGGGGGAGAUUUCGAUGUGACAGUCCUGAUAGAGGCCUUACGUAAGCGCAACUUCAUCUGCAACUAUUAUACGGUUAAUGACAUGAAGCUCAGCAUGUUUCAAAAGAGCGAGAACUGUGGAUUCAUUUGUAAUGCAAACAAUCACUGGUUUUGCAUUAGGAUGCUAUUAGCUGAUCAAUGGUUUAUACUGGACAGCCUGAGACCGGGACCACACGAGGUAGAAUACGGACAACUGUACUCCUACAUAAGUCAACUUUUGAAUACGAAGGGUGGCGCAGUAUUCUUGGUUUAUUCGGCAACACCAGGCACCAAGCUUCCGGUAGCUGAACCCAAUAAAUUCUCACACCUACAAAGUCAUCAAUAUUACUUAACAUCAGAAGAAAUAAAAGAGAUGAAUAAGGAAAAUGACAACGAUGAGGAGAAUAAAAGCUUUCUUUACCGAGCUGGAGUAACUAAACAGAAACCGGUAGUUUGGCCAACAACAGGAGGUAUACGCUUGGACCAAUCGGUCCCCAAAAGUGUCACAUUUGUUCCGGUGAAGGACGAGGAGGAUUACAAGGAGGCCGAUUCCCGAACUGUUGCAGUCAAAAUAAAUGGCACCACCCGAAUCACCCGCCGAUUCGACCCCCAAUGCGGUGUUAACGAAGUAUUCAAAUGGGUCGAAAAACAUAUAGAAAGCUCUGACGCUGCAUUCUACACAUUGCUGCAAACCGUCCCUAAUAGGCGGUUCGUAAAGUACACCAAUGGGAGCAUCGAGAUGAUACAGCAAAACGACAUUCCCAGAGAUAUAGGCAACACAUCUUUAGCAGAGGCUGGUUUCGAAUCGCAUGAGAUGUUCAUGUUGCGCUGCGACUAG